ACACCCCCACCGAAACUUCAUCGACAGCUCCAACUUAUUUGGGUUAAAGAGUUAAACGUCAAUAUUUUAAUUUUUUUUGCUUCCAUAUAUACUCACGAUUCGCCUCUUCUAGACUUUCUACUAUUCUGCUUUUCUUCUUUCUGGUUUUGCUCCGUUCUUCGCCAUCGCCUCCCACCUUCAAGGCCUCGAAGCAGUUUCCAUUGGGAUUUUACCUUAUUCUCGCCUUUAAUUCAUUCUAAGAGGUUCAGAUAACAGAGGCACAUCUUGUACACUGAAACUUGUCCUACUUCUCAGCUCCUCAUCCACUACGUAUUUAAGAGUUAAUUUGGGCUGUGGAGAGCAUUAUGUGCUUGAGCUGCUAGUGGUAUCUUCUAAUAUAUCCAAUUUGAUGGCCUUUUGCGGUUCUUUGCAAUUUUCACAUGAAUUGGGAUUUGGAAAGAACCAUGUAUGUGGUAACCGAUUCAAGAGUCAGGUGGGAAGAGGCCGGCUACAUUUAUUGAGUGUGUCUCUUUCAUCACGUUCUUUGCGACAGGAUGCUUGGAGUUUACUUCUCUCAGACACUGUAAACAGGCCAAUAUGUUCUGUACAUUCCAGAUAUAAUGUUUCCAUGUGCCGAUCUUCUCUGCUACCAGGUCAAGCAAAUGAGAUUCCCAUCCUGAAAAAUGCUGUGCUGGCGUUGACAAGGUCAUGUAAUGCUGUACAUAAAAAUUCUCUUGUGUUUCAAGUGGUUCCAGCAGUUGGUAUUGUUGCUUUCACUAUCUGGGGGCUUGGGCCACUCAUGCGUCAAAGCAGGAACUUGUUUUUUCAUAAGAGUGAUGGUAGUUGGAGUAAGAGUAGGACACAUUAUUUUAUGACCUCUUACCUUCAACCUUUGCUACUGUGGACUGGAGCAACACUCAUCUGCAGAGCAUUGGAUCCAGUAGUUCUCCCUACAGAAGCUAGCCAGGUUGUUAAGCAACGUCUCUUGAAUUUCGUUAGAUCACUAUCAACUGUGCUGGCCUUUGCCUAUUGUCUAUCAAGCUUGAUUCAGCAAGCACAAAAAUUCUCUACGGCGACAAAUGAAUGUAGUGACACAGGAAAUAUGGGUUUCCAAUUUGCUGGUAAAGCUGUAUAUACUGCAGUAUGGGUUGCUGCUGUUUCAUUGUUCAUGGAGUUGUUGGGUUUCUCUACUCAGAAGUGGGUCACUGCUGGGAGUCUUGGAACAGUAUUGCUGACCCUUGCUGGUCGUGAGAUAUUUACAAACUUUCUCUCAAGUGUGAUGAUCCAUGCAACACGACCAUUUGUUGUGAAUGAAUGGAUCCAAACAAAGAUUCAAGGCUAUGAAGUUUCUGGUACUGUGGAGCAUGUGGGUUGGUGGUCGCCAACAAUUAUAAGAGGUGAUGACCGUGAAGCAGUUCACAUUCCAAACCACAAGUUCACGGUGAAUGUUGUGAGGAAUCUCAGCCAGAAAUCCCAUUGGCGCAUCAAAACACACCUUGCCAUCAGCCACUUGGAUGUUAAUAAGAUUAAUAAUAUUGUAGCAGACAUGCGCAAAGUUCUGGCAAAAAAUCCUCAAGUGGAGCAGCAGAGGUUGCAUAGAAGAGUGUUUUUAGACAAUAUUAACCCAGAAAACCAAGCUCUUUUGAUCCUUGUCUCCUGCUUCGUGAAGACAUCACAUUUGGAAGAGUACCUUUGUGUCAAGGAAGCCAUUUUGUUGGAUCUCCUCAGAGUCAUCAGCCAUCACCGUGCUCGGCUUGCCACUCCUAUCCGUACAAUUCAGAAAGUAUACAGUGAUGCUGAUGUGGACAACCUUCCAUUUGGAGAUACAAUCUUCACUCGUCCUGGGCCAGCUACCAACCGUGCACUUCUAUUGAUAGGGCCCCCAAAGAGAAUUAAUGGUGAUGAUAAAAAAACUUGUUCAGUGCAUUCGACUGAAGAACAGGAUGCUAAGGUGGUUGCAACAUCAACAUCUGGGACUAAGGCAGAUGCUAAGAUUGAGGGAACAUCAACGUCUGAGUCCAAGGCAGAUACUAAGGUUGGGUCUGUUGGGACAACAACAUCUGACUCCAAGGAAGAAUCCAGGGUUCCAGCAUCAUCUAUGUCUGAUUCUAAGGCAGACAAUAAGGCUUCAUCAAUGCCAGUGUCCAAGGUAGAACCUAAGAGUGCAGCAAUGUCAAAAACUGACUCGAAGGUUUCGGCUUCAGUGUCAGAAAGUUCACUCCGAACCAACUCAGACAAGCAGCAGUCUAAGAAGGCAGGUUUAGGUGCAUCUGUAGCAACCUCACAGAUGAAGCAAGAAAGUGAAAGGUCAUCAGUUGCACCCCCUCCGAAAUCCAGGCCUGCCUUGGAAGAAAAUAUUGUUCUUGGUGUUGCUUUAGAGGGCUCAAAGCGGACCCUCCCAAUCGAGGACCUGGGUCCAGCUCCAUCUCCAUCUCCAUCUCCAUCUCCAUCUCCAUCUCCUGUGGAGGCAAAGGAAUUGGUAGGUUUCCGAAAUGGAAAUGGGUCUAAUGGUGCGAAAGAUAAGAGGGACAAUCAGAUUUCUACAGUUCCGGGUGUGGGAGCUGGUGAUCAGAGAGAUCAGGAAAGGUGACCAAUGCAAAUAUUUAUUCCCUCACCCCCCCUCCCCUUCCUUUUUUCUUACAGAUAGCAGUUCUUUUUAAUUUUAGGAAAAUGCAAGAAGCUGUGUUUUUGAAAGCUGGCAUUAUGUGGUAUAUAUGUUCUCAUUGAAUUGGUCAAAUUGUUGUUGACUUUAAACGUGUAGAAUUUGUAAUAUCAGUUAGGGCAUUAUCAACAUCUCUAAUGUAAUGUA